UGGACUUGCCCUUCCAGGACUAUGUGGAGCAGCUGCUGCGGCCCCAGGACCCCUCUGCUCUGGGCAAUGACACCCUGUACUUUUUCGGAGACAACAACUUCACCGAAUGGGCAGCACUCUUCCGGCACUACUCGCCACCGCCGUUCGGUCUACUAGGUACCACUCCUGCUUACAGCUUUGGGGUCGCAGGGGCUGGCUCUGGGGUGCCCUUCCAUUGGCACGGACCUGGGUACUCCGAGGUGAUCUACGGCCGCAAGCGCUGGCUCCUCUACCCACCUGAGAGAACACCAGAGUUCCACCCCAACAAGACCACACUGGCCUGGCUCCGGGACAUAUACCCAGCCCUGGCUCCAUCUGCACGGCCCCUGGAGUGCACCGUCCGGGCUGGUGAGGUGCUGUAUUUCCCUGAUCACUGGUGGCAUGCCACGCUCAACCUUGACACCAGCGUCUUCAUCUCCACCUUCCUGGGCUAACCAACCAGAACAGGCAGCAGGGCAGGGCACACGCACCUUCCUCUUCUCAUCCACCUGUGAGAAGACCUCGUCCAUGUCUGCCAAGUACUUGUCCUGGGAGGAGCGAGUGCCGAGUGUGGGCCACGCCGCCGCACCUUGUCUCCCUCCCCACACAGGACAGACCCACCGGGGGCUCCCUUGUGCAUCUUCGUCCCCCCUACUCCCCCACAGACCCACGCUUGGGCGGGGCUCCCUCACGUGCUUGGCCUCGAUGCAGGCCUGCAGGGCCCGGAUGUGGCCUUCAUCCUCGUCACCCUCGUGGCUCCGCUGACACUCUUCCAGCUCCCUGAGGGUUGCCCAGCAGCUGGUCAGACCCCACCCUACCCUUAGGGCAGAUGCCCAGGCCCGCCCAGCCUCCCUGCCCCUCGAUGUGGCCCUCCAAUAAACUCAUGCUGCGCCCCGCA